AUGCGCGGUCUCGUCUCCUUCAUAGCCGACCUUCGCAAUGCGCGGGCACGAGAGCUGGAAGAGAAGCGCAUCAACAAAGAGCUGGCAAACAUUCGGCAGCAGUUCAAGAAGGGCAACUUGACCGGCUACGACAAGAAGAAGUACGUGUGCAAGCUGCUAUACAUUUACAUACUAGGGUGGAAUGUCGAUUUCGGUCACCUCGAAGCUGUCAACCUCAUCUCGGCGAACAAAUACUCGGAGAAGCAGAUCGGCUACCUGGCCGUAACGCUGUUCCUGCAUGAGCAACAUGAGCUGCUACAUCUCGUGGUGAACAGCUUACGGAAGGACUUGGGGGAUCACAACGAGCUCAACAACUGCCUGGCGCUACAUGCAAUUGCGAACGUGGGCAGCAAGGAGAUGGGAGAGGCAUUGUGCAUGGACGUGCACCGCCUGCUCAUCAGUCCGACGUCCAAGCCGUUUGUCAAGAAGAAGGCGGCGUUGACGCUCCUCCGGCUAUACCGCAAAGUGCCCAGCAUUGUGCAGCCGGAGUGGAACGAGCGCAUCAUUGCUAUCAUGGACGAUCCGGACAUGGGCGUGGCGCUAUCAGUGACGUCCUUGAUCAUGGCGCUGGCGCAGGACAACCCGGAGACAUACAAGGGCAGCUACACCAAAGCCGCAGUACGGCUACGAAAGAUUGUGGUCGAUCAAGAGUACUCCGGCGAUUACGUUUACUACAAGGUGCCAUGUCCGUGGCUGCAAGUCAAGCUGCUCCGUCUGCUCCAGUACUUCACACCAUCCGAAGACACGCACGUCCGCCAGCUCAUACGCGACUCCCUGCAAGCCAUCCUUGACAGCGCUCUGGAAAUGCCGAAGAACGUACAGCAGAACAACGCUCAAAAUGCCGUCCUUUUCGAAGCCAUCAACCUCAUCAUCCAUCUCGACACCGAGCGCGACCUGAUGCUUUCGAUCUCCACCAAGCUGGGCAAGUUCAUCGGCUCCCGCGAGACUAAUGUCCGGUAUCUCGGCCUCGAAGCAAUGACCCAUCUCGCCGUGCGCGCCGAGACUCUCGAUCCGAUUAAGAAGCAUCAAGACAUUAUCAUAUCCUCCCUGCGAGAUCGCGAUAUCACGGUGCGAAGACAAGGUCUUGACCUCUUGUACAGCAUGUGCGACUCGACCAACUCGCAGAAGAUUGUCCAUGAGCUACUCAAGUACCUGCAAACGGCCGACUACGCUAUUCGUGAGGAAAUGGUCCUGAAGAUUGCCAUCCUCACGGAGAAGUACGCUACGGACGUGAAAUGGUAUGUUGACAUUUCGAUGCGACUCAUCUCAAUGGCAGGCGACCAUGUGAGCGACGAAGUCUGGCAGCGCAUCAUACAAAUCGUGACGAACAACGAUGAGCUGCAAGUGUAUGCCGCACAGAUGAUACUCAAGUACUGUCAGGCGGACCAUUGCCACGAGACUCUCGUUAAGAUCGGAAGCUAUAUACUCGGCGAGUUCGGCCAUCUGAUCGCAGAUAACAAGGGCUGCAGUCCAAUCGAGCAGUUCAUGGCUUUACAGGGCAAAUUCAAUGCUUGCUCGCCUAACACACGCGCAAUGAUAUUGAGCGCUUUCGUCAAAUUUGUCAAUCUGUUUCCGGAGAUCAAACCGCAGUUACUACAAGCGUUCCGGAUGUACAGUCACAGCCUGGACUCGGAGUUGCAACAGCGAGCGUGUGAAUUCUUGGCGAUGGCGACAAUGGAGACGGACGAGCUUUUGCGGACCGUGUGCGAUGAGAUGCCACCGUUCCCGGAACGGACGAGCGCUCUGCUGUCAAGGCUGGAUAAGAAACAGAAUGCAGCAGGCGACAAACGGACGUGGUCUGUAACGGCGAAAGAAGGGUUGGCUGCAAAGGAUGGCGUUGAUCGGAGUCUGACGCUCAAGCGCAACUUCUCUGGUCCGCCUGCUGGGAUCAAUGGAGUUGAGGCAAACGGUGGCCUAAUCGGUCCUAAUGGCACGUAUACAAACGGCGGACCGGUGAAGUCGCCCAUCGAAGAGCUGGCAGGUCUAGAUCUCUCAUCUGCGAGCAAUGGGCCGAACCUCGCGAGUGCAUCACACCUAUCUCCUGACUGGGAGCCUGGCUACACACGGCUGCUUGUACGGCCUGAAGGCGUGCUGUACGAAGAUCUGCAACUCCAGAUUGGCUUGCGCUCCGAGUACCGUGCCGAGGUGGGCUGCGUUAUCUUGUACUUCACCAACAAGUCUUCGACACAGAUUCAAUCUUUCACUACGACCUUCCACACCACCAGCGAGAACCUCAAGAUCGACAUCAAGGGCAUACCAGACACAGCCGUGCAAUCCGGAGCGCAGACACAGCAGAUGGUGAUGUUCGAAGCGCGCGGCAUCUUCGCGGAACCUCCUACCGUGCGGGUGAGCUGGAUGGCUGGCUCAUUGCAGGCUUUGACGCUGCAGCUACCCGUGGUGCUGCAUAAGUUGAUGGAAGGCGCUGUGCUGAGUGCAGACGACUUCUUUAAGCGGUGGAAACAGAUUGGUGGGCCACCUCACGAAUCGCAAAGAAUCUUCGAAGGGUUCGACGUCAGUACGGAGAGCACAAGGAGGGUGCUGGAGGGCUUUAAGUGGGGUAUCCUGGAUGGUGUCGAUCCCAAUCCGAGAAACUUUGUGGGCGCGACUGUAUUGCAUACUGGGGCGGGGAAGUUUGGCUGUCUUGUGAGGCUGGAGCCAAAUGAGGGCAACAAGAUGUACCGACUCACAAUCCGGGCGACGGAUGAGGCUGUGCCACCUUUACUGAUGAAGGUGAUGCAAGAUCGACUGAGUCAGCCGUAUCCUGUAUGA